AUGUCAUAUACAGUGAGUUCAAAUUCGGUCGAACCAAACCCUGCAUCAAUGAUCCGUGAAGAAAGAAGGCGUACCAGCUUUAACGUCCAAAAGAUGUUUGAGUUUUUGGAAGGAUCAAAGCAGAAAGCGGUGGAUACUUUAAGUAUCAUGCAACAAUUGGAAAGAGAUCCUAUUCUUAGAACUUCGUUACGAUACUAUGAGUAUGGUACAGAGAAGCAUCGCGAAGAGACAGCCGCCAAAAUCUCUAGAAUGGCUCAAUACAUCGAAAAAGACGCUCCGGAUAUGCAAACAUUUCAAAACAGGCUUAAUCUCAUUGCUGUGGUGGAUCCCCAGCUCGGAACAAGAAUUGGGGUUCAUUUGGGUCUUUUUCUAGGAGCAAUACGAGGAAAUGGUACGGAUAAUCAGUUCAAUUAUUGGGCGUUCGAGAGAGGAGCCGCGUACAUAAAGGGAAUUUAUGGGUGCUUUGCCAUGACCGAGUUGGCACAUGGUUCAAAUGUGGCAGCCUUGGAAACAACUGCUACUUAUAACCGCAAACGUAAAUGUUUUAUCAUCAAUACUCCACACGUUGGUGCUACCAAGUGGUGGAUAGGUGGUGCUGCCCAUUCUGCAACUCAUACCGCCUGUUUUGCACGUCUCAAAGUUGACGGCAAAGAUUAUGGUGUGAAGGUAUUUGUAGUUCCUCUAAGGGACACUGCUCACAUGCUUCAACCUGGUAUUGCCCUCGGUGAUAUUGGUGAGAAAAUGGGUAGGAAUGGAAUUGAUAAUGGCUGGAUUCAGUUUUCGAACGUUGAGAUUCCUAAAGAAUAUAUGCUUUCCAAAUUUGCAACAAUUAGUGAUGAUGGUGAGGUGAUUGAACCACCUUUGGCACAACUAGCGUACAGUGCAUUGCUUGGUGGGCGGGUUACCAUGGUUACAGAUUCUUUUAGAACUAGUGAAAGGUUCACAACAAUUGCAUUAAGAUACUCAGUAGGUCGUCGUCAAUUUAAGCAAGGAAAAGCCGCGAGUAACAACAAGAAAAUGCCACAAUCCGAAUCGCAGAUAAUUGACCAUCCUCUUCACCAGCAUAGACUAUUGCCCUUGUUAGCUUGGACAUAUGCUAUGGGUAUUGCCUCGAACCAAAUUCAAUCAGAUUACAAAGCAACACUUAGCAUGCUUGAAUCUGGUGUCCGCACUCAAGAUAUGAAGGUGUUGGGUGUUGCAAUAAAGAAGCUAAAGCAGCUUUUCGCUGAUAGUGCAUCGUUAAAGUCUACAUGCACGUGGAAAUGUUUACAAUUAAUUGAGGAAUGUAGACAAGCCUGCGGCGGACAUGGUUACUCCGCAUAUAGCGGUUUUGGAAAGGGUUAUGCUGAUCAUGCAGUUCAGUGCACCUGGGAAGGGGAUAAUAACAUUCUUGCACAGAAUGCCGGUCGGAUUACUGUUCAACAGGUAGCUAAGAUGCUAAAAACUGACAUGAAGCCAACAGGAAAUUUCUCUUUUCUUGCUGGAAAGAGCAAAAUUGGUCAUACCAUUGAUGCAGAAGACAUUUCGGACCUAUCCAAAUUAUUGCUUGCAUUGGAAACGUUGAUAUACAGACUUUCUUCGAAUUGUCUUGAUUUACUCUCCAAGAAUGAACAAAAUUGGGAUUCUAUUUCAACCGAAAAGAAAUCCUUAUCCCAUCUAUAUGCUAUUCAAUACAUGCUUUCGAAGGGAAUUCAGAGAUUAACAGAGAUGCGACAGAGUAACAAUGGAGGCAUUAACACUCCAAUCAAACUUCUACUAUCUCUCUUCGCUCUUUCCGGAAUCAAAGAGUAUGCUGAUGUUUUCUUGCAGUUUGAUGUCUUAUCCACCCAAACAUAUGCAAAACUGAAAGAAAGAAUUGGAACGCUUUGUUUGGAAAUCCGUCCAAUGGUUAUUGGAAUGACAGACUCGUUCAAGUUCAGUGAUUUCUUUAUCAAUUCGGUGCUUGGAUGUUAUAAUGGUGACAUUUAUAAUGAUUACUGGAAAGCGGUGAACUCGUUGAAUGAUGCCUUUGAUACAAAGGCUCCGUACUCACAUGAUCUCGAGGCAAUGUUGAAGCGUCCAACUGUUGCACAGAGGGAAAAUUUCGAGAAGGGCUCCAAAGUUUUGCAAAAGUUAUCGAAUUAG